GAUAUGUAUUUUACAGGAGUUUUUUUUCAUCAGAGCACUGUUGUCAGCAUUUGUCUCACGUGAACUGUGAAGACAUUUGGACAAUGUACCUGAAAAUUCAUCACAAAUUACUUGUGGUUUAAUAUCUACAACAUUGUUGAUGGUAACAUUGAAAAUGAAAGUGCUGAUAGCAGUUUCCUGCUUGACUUGUGCUGUUGUAGUUCAUGCUCGUGGAAAAUUACCAACUAUCUCCAUUCCUGAGAGUAACAAAUGGCCAAUCUCCAAGGUGUAUGUGAGGAACGCUGAUCCUCAAUUAUUCAGUUGUCAAGCAAAAACAACAGCCAAGUAUAGAUGGACUUUCAAUGGCACAGCUGUUAAGAAUGUUACGGGGGUAACAACUGUUUUUGAGAGAAAUGGAACACUUAGAACAGGUCCACUAUUUGGACUGGCAAAUUCGGGAGAUUAUCAAUGUUUUGCUGAAAAUGAUUAUGGCACCACUUUUACACCAAUAAUCAAAAUUCUAGGAACAAUUGCCCUUGCAUUUAAAGGAUCUGAAGAUAUACCAAGGAGCCUGAAGACUUAUGUAUCGAAGUACAUUAAGAUGGAAUGCAAGGAUGUACCUCUUAGUGUUCCACCAUGGAAAUUUCUUUGGGAAAAAGGAACUUUUGAUGAUGGCAGGUUAAUUUCUGACCCUAUAGAGGACAAUGAGAGGUUGAUUAAUGAUCAGCAAGGUUUUCUACACUUUCUUUGGACUGAGAUGUCAGAUAGUAACUUUAUCUACGCAUGCUCUACAAGGAAUGAUAUACUGCUUGUUAGAGCCAGAAAUACAAAACAUAUCAGUCUUACAGUAGAACGUGGAGAUCAACCUGACCGAGCACCAGAGUUAAUGUACUCAGAGAAUGUGCAGGUGUAUGAGGAGGAAGAUGCAGAGCUCACGUGCAUUUUUACAUACUUCUCCAGUGCAAGAGAGAGAAUGACAGUUGAAUGGUAUAGGUUCGGAAGAUUGGUGGGCGAAGGUCACAAACUGGUAUUGAAUAAAGUUGAUCAGAGUCAUGAUGGAGAGUAUAUUUGUAAAGCAGCACUUGGCGGGAAGAGAACACAGCCUAAUGUUGUAUCUCUCAAAGUUGUUGCACCACCAAAAUUUGUUGUUGAACCACUCUCAAAGGAUGUACCAGUAGGAAGUGAUGCUGUAUUGCAGUGCAAGACAACUUCACAUAAUUCAUAUAAUCAACCCCCAGUCUGGUUCCUGAAUGCUGUACCACUCAUAGGCUGCUCUGACCGUAAUUUUGAAUGUAAAAAACCGAAGCACAGUGGUUUCUCUGAGUGUGUUCAUGAGAAAAAAGUAUGUGAUGGCUAUCCCGAUUGUCAAGAUGCCAGUGAUGAGCAAUUCUGUCCUGGAUGUUCAGAAGAUCAGACGUGGUGUUAUGGACAGUGUAUACCUAAAACCAGUCCCUGCAACGAACCUGUAUGUUACUACCCAGGGUUUACAUGUCAUAACAAGAAAUAUUGUUUUCCUGCCGAAAAGAAAUGUAAUGGAAAUCCUGAUUGCCCUGAUGCUUCAGAUGAAAUUGGUUGCCCUGGUGGGGAUAUGAUCCAGAGGUCUCGAUUCGAACUCAACUCUGAAAGAACCCAGCUCACACUGCGAAAUGUAAAACUUGAUGACACUGCGUGCCUUCAGUGUCUUGUUAGAAAUGAGUAUGGUUCAUCUAUAGCAGAUGCUUGUCUCACUAUCAUAGACAAGAUUGUAUUACUGAGGGGUCCAAAUUCGACGUACGAUGUUGCACCAGGAAUGGUACUGGAUAUCUAUGCCGAGGCAACCACUGAUAAACAGUGGCAGAACCAGAUGGUGUAUAUAUGGCAGUGGUAUGAGGAAAGUCCAGUUGAUAAGAAAACUGGUCAAACUACAACAAGAGCGGUAACGUUACCACCAGAAGGACCAUACGGAAAAUACUUCCGUAUAUCUCAAAAGGGCAAAAGUAUGGUGAUCAAUUUUCCAGAAGUAAGGGAGGACGACCAGGACAUGUACAAUGUCUACUACGCGCUUAAAGACAGACUAUAUACACUUAUCAUUAAACACGACUAUGAUCAAAUUGAAGUCAACUUUACCAUUAACGGUGUAGAGAUUGUUAAAACAAACAAGAUUAUAUUACUGAGGGGUCCAAAUUCGACGUACGAUGUUGCACCAGGAAUGGUACUUGAUAUCUAUGUCGAGGCUACCACUGAUAAACAGUGGCAGAACCAGAUGGUGUAUAUAUGGCAGUGGUAUGAGGAAGGACCAAUUGAUAAGAAAACUGGUCAAACUACAAGAGCGGUAACGUUACCACCAGAAGGACCAUACGGAAAAUGCUUCCGUAUAUCUCAAAAGGGCAAAAGUAUGGUGAUCAAAUUUCCAGAAGUAAGGGAGGACGACCAGGACAUGUACAAUGUCUACUACGCGCUUAAAGACAGACUAUAUACACUUAUCAUUAAACACGACUAUGAUCAAAUUGAAGUCAACUUUACCAUUAACGGUGUAGAGAUUGUUACAACAACUGGACCACCAGCGGUAGAAACCGUAGCAACAAAUCUCUGGUUUAUAGCUUUGAUCCUCGCCAUACUCGUCUUGUUAAUUGCUGUGGCCUUCAUUGUGUGCUAUGUGUAUAGGAAGAGAGGUGGAACCUGUAUAUUGCCUCAGAAUGAACAUCAAGCAGGACAUGAUUCUGCCCAGGAGUUAAAGGAUAGUGGCUUAUAAUUACAUGAUGUAGACAGCUGUCUCGUAUUUCAUUGUGGGACUUUUUUGCCAUGUGGUUAAAGACACAUUCUUUUAUUAUGUCUCCCCCAUAUAUGAGGGAGACAUAUUGUUAACUCAUCUUAUUUUUAAAAAUGAUGAGUUAUUGUCAUCACUUGAUGGGCGUAGGCAUUGCCUGGUUACGUUUUAUAUUUUGGUCAGCUUUCCUCCUAAACUGUCAAAGCUAUUGCAUUGAAACUUGAAACACUAGAUCACCAUCAAUAGCUGAAUCUGUACAGCAAGAAACAUGACUCUAUCCUCCUUUUUGAAAGAGUUAUGACCCCUUUUGGACUUAGUAAAUCAAAUUUCUUGGGUUAAGUUUUAUGCUCAGGUCAAUUUUUCUCCUAAAAUAUCAAAGCUCUUGCUUUAAAACUUACAACAUUUGUUCACCAACAUUAUACUGCAAGAAAUAUAUCUCCAUCCUCCUUUUUGCAAGAAUUAUGGCCCCAUUUGGCCUUAGAAAAUCACAUUUCUUGGUUAAGUUUUGUGUUUAGGUCAGCUCUUCACCUAAACUAUGAAAGCUGUUGCUUUAAAUUCGCAACACGUGUUCACCAUCAAAAACUGAAUAUAUACAGCAAGAAACGUAACUCCAUCCUGCUUUUCACAAGAAUGAUGUCCCAUUUGGGCUUAUAAAAUAUCAGAUUUCUUGGUUCUACGUUUAGGUAAACCUUUCCCCUAAACGGUCAGAGCUAUUGCUUUAAAGCUAAAAGCAGUUAUUCACCAUUAAAAGCUGACUGCACAGCAAAUACUCUAACUCUACAUUGCUUUUUAUACGUCCGAAGUGACGUAUUAUGUUAUACCCCCGUUGUCCGUCUGUCUGUCUGUUAGCAAUUUCGUGUGCGCUUUGUAACUCUUGAACCCCUUGUAAGAUUUCGAAGAAACUUGACACAAAUGUUUACCACAUCAAAACGACGUGCAGAGCUUAUAUUUCGGAUGACUUGCUUCAAGGUCAAUGUCACACACUUGGGGGAGCGGUGUCAAAGGUCAUAUGAGUAUGGUUCGUGUUCGCUCUAUAACUCUUGAACUCCUUGAAGGAUUUCAAAGAACCUUGGCACAAAUGUACACCACGUCGAGACUACGUGCAGAGUGCAUGUUUCGGAUGGCUUGCUUCAAGGUCUAGGUCACUCUUAGGGGUCAAAGUUGAAUGACUUUGUUUUGUGUGUUUAUUGCUCUGCAUUGCGGUGUUCUUGUUUUUAUUUGGCAGAUCCCUUUUUGGUUCACUAACAAUAUUUUUUUAGCUCACUUGAGGACAACGUGCUCAUGGUGAGCUAUUGUGAUCACACUGUGUCCGUCGUCCGUCCGUCAGUCAAGUCAGCCGUCUGUCGCCAACAUUUUUGUUUAAACGACCUCUCAUACAAAACCAAUGAAUAGAUUUUGAUGAAACUUUGAUAUUCUUUGGGUAGUCUUCUACCAAAUUUGUUCAAACGGUUCCGCUUGGUUGCACAUAGAAGAUGCCAGAGCUAAUAAUAGAAAAAAAAUUCAAACGACAUCUCCUCCUAAACCGAUGGACCGAUUUUGAAAUAAUUUCAUACAAAUGGUUCUUAUGUCACCUUCUACGAGGACUGACAGUUCAAAUCAUAACGAUUUAUCAAAAACAUGGCCGCUAGAGGGCGUGGCCACAUUUCCCUAUAUGUAUAUAGUGGAAACUUUAACAAUCUUCUUGUAUGAAACUGUUUGCCCGAUUUUAGAAUAAUUUUACACAAAUGGUCCUUGUGUGACCCUCUACCAAGAUCGUUCAAAUAUUUUGAUUCAUCGAAAAACAUAGCCGCCAGAGGGCGUGGUCACUAUUUCCCACAUGUAUAUAGUGGCAAUAAAAAUCUUUUUGUGUGAAACUGCUGGCCUGACUUUAGAAUAAUUUUACACAAAAUUAAUGGUCCUUGUGUGACUCUCUACCAAGAAUGUUCAAAUUAUUUUGAUUCGUCAAAAACAUGGGCGCCAGAGGACGUGGUCACUUUUCCCUAUAUGUAAAGAUUGUAAAAACUUUUUAAAAUCUUCUUGUGUGAAACUAAUGACCCGAUUCUAGAAUAUUUUUUACACAAAUGGUCUUUGUGUGACCCUCUACCAAGAUUGUUCAAAUUAUUCUGAUUCGUCAAAAAAUAUGGCUGCGAGGAGGCAUGGUCACUUUUCUUCUCUGAAUCAAUAAACGCCAGAGUCUUGAUAUUUGGCGUGUGAUAUCAGAUUUGUAAUGUCUACCAUAAUUGUUCAAAUUAUUGCCCUGGGUUCGAAAGUGUGAGUGACAUGUAUAUAUAGCGCUUUAGGGUCAAUGACCCUCUUGUUUUGAAUCACUUCCCUUUUAUGUUACUAUAAAUAGAUUAUUUUAUUACUUUUUUAUUAUUAGCCGUAAACCUGUCUUAUAGUUAAAUUUUAUCUUUUUUAAUACUUUACUAUUUUUAACAGUGUGUACAAAAAAAUGAAAUAGAACUAAUAGGCUUGGAAAUAAGAUGUGUGUUGUAAUGUAUAUUAAUUCAAAAGUUACAGAUCAAUUUGAAGUUACUUCUUAUUGUACGCAGUAGUUUUACUGUUGAAUGUUUUGCAAUGGGUGCAGUAUUAGGAAUAGCUUUAAUAGACACUAAAGAUCCGGAAAAAAAGUGAAAAACCUCCAUGGAGCUGAUGAAAUAGAUAUGGCUAGAUAAUGAUACGGCAUGAGUUAACCGUUCCAGCAGCUGUAUACAGCUCUCAUGUGGAUUGCUAAGUAGCAUGAUAUUCCUGUCUUCAAUACACAUACUGUAAUUUGGCUCCAUGUUUUGUUUUUGUUCGGUUGGUUUAGUAAGAAAUGAACAAGAUACUAAACAUGGUCAUAGAAAUUAUUGAACUUUUUUUUGUCAUUAGCAUUCUUUAUAUUGUGUUUCUGCUCUUGACUGAUAAGUAUUUGAGGUGAGAGGAAACAAUUUGUUGUUUUGGGGGUUUUUUUUACAGCCAAAGUGUACAAUUUAUAAUCGCCAUUUGCAUAUGGAUAGUAGCUUGUUUCCUUUUCGAUGAGCAAACAGAUAUUAAAAGAAAACAAAAGAAGAAUCACAUUUUUAUUCUUACUAGAGUCUUACCAAACUAAAUUUUAUUUUUAAGCAUGUCUUGAUGUGAGUUUUAUUUUAAAAAACAACAACAGAAAAUGGCAGUCAUUAUUAAUCUUUCUUGUAUAUUUUUAUAAUUUAGACCCAGUUUUGUUGAGACUUUCUUAAAUAAGCUUCCUUAUUCAGGUAGACAUGCACACUUUAAUUCACGACCAGAAAUGAUGUUGUUUAGCAUAUCAAACAGUUCAUCAAGUCAAAUAGCAUGUACUUUAUAUUUAUGUGAAAAGCUGUACCUGUAACGCUGUCUAACUUCUUCUCAGUCAUUUUUUGUAAAUUCUGCUGGAACACAAUCUGAAUACAAUAAUAAAAAAUGUGAUGUAAGGUUUAUACUUAACCUGUGCCAGGAAUGAUAACAGUGUGUUUAAUUUUGAUUUGUCUGUCUUUUUAAGUUUUCCAUUCAACUUUUGUUCUGUAUACAAUUGUUGCCAGAGGUGAAGGUGACCAACUAUACUGGAUAUACAGUCGAAACUCGGUAUCUCAAACUCUGUUACCUCGAAAUUCCGCUUAAGUCGAAGAAGUUUUCAAGUCCCGUCAAAUUUCCUUCAUUACAUAUGUACUUCAACUCAGGUUACGUCAAAAUUUGACUUACCGAGAUUACGGAUAUGUCGAAAGGGAUUUUCAGUCCCGUCAAUAAAAUUCAAGUGCAUUGUAAACUCGGUAAGUCGAAGUUAGAAAAAUAUGCGAUAAAAUUUCACACAUCUCAUUUAGAAUGUGAUUGGUUUUUAACACUUGUUCAUAUUUAUUGCCUUACCAGAAUACCGUGAUGCCGACAUAUCAAAGUGUGGCGAUUAUCAAAGUGAGAUGAUGUCAUACUUGUUUGCACGUGCCAUAAUGAUAAUUGUUUGAUGUAAACAUUAGAUUUCUUAAUCAGCAAUCAUUUGUUUUUGAGACGUUAUGAAAACUGCUUUUAAACUAAACUAAAUGAAUUACUUAGUCUGAACAGUUGGGAUCUUUAAUAAGGAUUAAUUAGAGGUAAACGCGAUGAGACUGUAAAAAAAAACUUCAUUGGGGAAAGCAUCAUUCGUUCAAAAUGUCAGAAAUGCUGUCAAUCCUCCGGGAGAGGAACGUGGUACGAAAAGGAAACUUACCUCAAAAAACAUUUGAGGUUAGUAUCAUUUUUAUUCUUCGAAAAACUGAAAACUUUGAUAAACACGAACUGUACAGAAUCGGGAACGCGUAGAGUAGUAGAAUAGGGAUAAAUCUAUUAUUUAUCCACUCAUGUCAAGUGCAGAAUCCUUUAAAAUUUUAAAUGAUUUUCAAGUAAUCGAAACCGUCACAUUGUUCUCAGAUGGUCAUAGUGCUCUUUAUUGGACACUGAACUAUGUUAAAAUUGGCUUAAAGCAAGAUCGAAAGAAAACAAGUAACUUGAAAACCAACUCUAAGCCGAAAUGGUGUGAUGAGUUCAGUAGUAAUUUUCAAGCAAAUAUCGACUCAAAUCAUGUACAAUAUAUUAAGCAACUGUGUGAUAUUACCAAUGUACAAAAUGUAAAUACUCGUAUU